ACGGUUAGCGCGCUCAGGCAGGUGCGUCUUUACUCAGGACCAAACCUUCUCUGGCUUUUUUUAAUAAAGGGUUGCCGGAGGGGGUCGGUGCAUCUUUUCAGCAGGUCUCCGCGGUCUGUGGGUAGACUUAGGCUGAUGUUUGGUGCCGGAUCGCCGCUCAGAGUAACUUGAAAUUUCUCCACGAGCCCUUAAAACUGCGCAAAGACGUCGUUAUGUGAGCGUCCGUGGAAAUAAGUGAUUAACCAAGAGUUUCGGACGUUUUUCUGUCGUGUCCAGGAUAAAGAGGCUGUAGAGGAAGCGAGGGUUCCCAGUCCUGUAGGGGAUGUUAACAGACUGGCAACGCGUUAAGGCUGAAGGAGCAUGGUGAAACACCAACCCUUGCAGGUCUAUGAGAAGCAGGUCUUUCUGUCCUUUGUCACUGGGAUCUAUGGUUGCCGCUGGAAACGCUACCAGCGCUCCCAAGACGACAGUUCCAGGUGGGAGUGUACAUGGCUUGCCAUCUUGUGCAGUUCUUUCCUUCUGCUUCUUUUUUGGGCCUAUUUCUGGUUGGUGGCUCAAAAUGACUUCAAUGACUUCAACAGGUCAGUAUACAACCGUUCUGGGGAGUGGACAGAUGAGACGAUCCCCAUCCUGAUAUCCACCACCGUGGGAUUCAGCUACAUCACAUUCCUAUUGAUUUUAGCACUUUUCCAUAUAUCUUUGGGCCAGCAGCUCAAUCUCUACUGGGUUCACAAGAUCGGAGUGUUGGCCACCCUGCUCACUACUAUCUCUGGCAUCGUCUCUGUUGAUGAUGUCUGGGGAGAUGAGUGGGAUAUACUGCUUGUUUCACUGCAGUCCACAGCACCUUUCCUGCACAUUGGAGCGCUGGCUAUGGUCACGGCCUUGAGCUGGUUGGUAGCUGGAUAUGUGGUCCGCAAAGAGAGAUCCAAUUUCCAGAUGAUGGUGUUGGUGGUUUACUUUCUAAUCCUCCUGGCUGUUUGCCUGGCACCGCUCACAUUCACCUGCCCCUGCAUCAUGGACCGCAGUACCCUCAAACCGCGACCAAAUGUAAUUGGCCGACGGGGAGCGCCUAUGCUGGCCCCAGAAAACACCAUGUUGUCCUUUAACAGAGCCCUGCAGCACGGAGCCAGCUCCCUGGAAGCAGAUGUCACCAUCAGUGUGGAUGGAGUACCCUUCCUCAUGCGAGAUCACACACUGAGACGAACAACGGACGUCAGUAAGGUCUUUCCAUCGAGACAGCGUGAAGAUGCCUCCUUCUUCAACUGGACAGAAAUACGCUCUCUGAAUGCAGGGCAGUGGUUUUUGGAGAGUGACCCCUACUGGACAGUCAAAACCCUGACAGCAAAGGAUCGCAGCAGGAUAGGAAACCUAACGGUUUGCAGCCUUGUGGAGAUGCUGCGUCUGGCAGCCAGGGCCAACAGCUCUGCGCUUGUCAACAUCCGCAAGCCUCCACCGGAGCAUCCACGUUUCCGGAGCUGGUUUAUGGACACACUGUGGGCUUUGCAGAAAGCAGGAAUUUCCCACAAAAGGGUGACAUUGUCCCCCGACACAGACAGGGGGAGGGUGCGAGGGCUUCAGCAAACCACAAAUGAGAAGCUGUCAGUAGAAGAGAUAAGGCAGCGAGGAAUUACAAGUCUAACUCUCCACUACGGCAAGAUCAGCUAUGAAGACAUACAGGAAUAUUUGGCCAACAAUGUGAGUGUGACUGUCUACCCUGUGAAUGAGCCAUGGCUCUACUCCAUUCUGUGGUGUAGCGGGGUGCCUUCUGUGUCCUCUGAUGCUCCUCAAGUCCUCCGAAAAGUGCCUUACCCUGUCUGGCUCAUGAGUCAUAGUGCAUACAACUUCAUCUGGAUCUCUUCGGACCUCGUCUCCCUCGCCAUAGUUAUAGGGAUUUUCUGUUUCCAGAAGUGGAGAAUUAGUGGGAUGCAGAACUAUAACCCGGAGCAGAUUAUGCUCAGUGCUGUACGGCGGCCCAGUCGAGACGUCAACAUCAUGAAGGAGAAGCUCAUUUUCUCAGAACUGAAUAAUGGACUAGGCAGCACAGAGGAGCUUUCUCUGUAUCCUGAGAACGGUCAUGUGAGAUUCUCUCUGUAGAUUUCAGAUGCUGAAUUAAACUGAGUCGACGCUGGAAAGUUGUAUUUGGUUUGACUUCAGUGCUUGGACACUAAUAAAAAUGACUUACUUGAGAAAAGAAAGAAGCAUUUAAGGGACUAAAAUUUUCAACUUCUUCUCAAGGUGUUUGCACAUAGCUGCCGUACUGAGUUCAAAAGUACUAACAAGUAAUAUGCAAGUGGUAGUAGUUAUGCCCUGUGAUAUCUGAAGUGCAGAGGUCUGUCAUCAUAUAAUAACACUCUUAAUGGAUUUAUUUAUCAUGUAAUUUUCCAAUAAUUCAGUAGAAACCUGCCAGUAUAAAUCAUAUAUAUCAUCAUAAAUCAUAUUCCUUUAAAAUAACUCUUCACUCACCUUAAAGUUUUGCAGGAAAAAGUGAUACUUCACUUUCAAUUAUGUAAAUUUGUGUUGAAAAAUAUAAAAUAUGAUUAAUUAUCAGUGGAAACGUGGCUGGUAUGUGCCUAUGGCCUCACGACUAAAGAGGUUAGCUUACAAACAGGUAAAAGUGGGAUGAAACAGAGGCCAACAGUGACAAAAAACUGGGGUGUUUUUUUCUUUUUCAGUAAAUUUAAAGUACCUGAUUAAUAUGAAAGAACUAGACAAUGUUCCCUCUUCUAUUUCACUGAUGUUUUAUAAUAGAAAAUGAAUGAUGGAAACUUCUGUCAUGUAAAUACUUGUUUUUUUUGUUCCUCUUCAAGAUGAUUUCCAAUGGUUUUAAUAUAUGAAUGGUGUGUUUUACCUGAGCAUUUAUUAUCAUUUUGCUGUCAUUUUGUUGUUGUUCAAAUCUUUUUUUCUGCCUCUUUUCAUGCCAUGAUUGUUUUACAUUUAGUUACGUUAGCUAUCUGAACUUUCACAUGCUGCCUUUUUGUUACGUUGAUGUACUUGUAGAAUAGUUCAUCUUCAGUUGUGUUUUUAUAGUGCUAAUUUCAGCUUACAGUCACUGUUUUAGCUGCAGAUGUAUUGACUCUUCAAUAAAUAAGAUUUUUUUUCCUCUU